GCUGAUCGGAGACAAGAGCGCGGGAGGCAAAAAAAAAAACCAACACCGGUAACUCAAUCUCUCAGUGUGGCACCAGCAGCCAGAGGGGGAGGGUGUUUUGCGCGUCGCUCCUGACCAGCCAGGGGACAAAGCCACAUCCUGCCAACGUGUUCGGAUUCCGGCUGUGACUUCAACCUCGUUCCUCCUCACACAUCUACUUCCUCAUCCCACGUGACGCCCUCCCUGCUGACCCUGCUGAUUCUGCUGACGUAAUAAACUGCUGACUAGCCUCUCCCUCCCUGCUGACUGGGCCGCUAGCCACGAGACACCUGAGGUCAUAAAGGAAGUAGAAAAUGAAGAGGUACUGCCAAAAGUUGUGUGUGAUUGUGUUGUCCCCGCGUGAUCUGGGUGAGGAGUAAGCAGAACAGAGGAAGCCACCACCACCACCACCUCCUCCUCCUGCUGCUUCCUCUCCUCCUCCUCCUCCUCCUUCUCUCCUCCUCUCGAGUCUCCCUCAUCGUCGUUUUCGUCAGCAUCCUUCUCUUCUGUUUACAUUCAAGAUGCGCGGGGCUGCUGUUGGCGUGGGCGUACGGGUGGCGGUGGCUGUGUGUCUCCUGGCAACAUCUGUGGGCGUGGCAAUAGCGGCGGGCGGCGGUGCAGGCAACAAGGGCGUCAGCAUGAGCGGCAACAGCAGUAACACCAGCUGCCCCACCGCUAAGCCGGGGAUUAAAGUGGUGUCCGUGAGGUGGCAUGAGGUGGGCGUCUACUUCACCAUCACCACCUUCGUCAUCAUCGCGGGGUUCGCCAAGUUAGUCUUCCAUCACCUUCACUGGCUCUCAAACAAGGUGCCAGAGUCCUGUGUGCUGGUGUUACUGGGGAUGGCACUGGGUCUUAUAGUCUACUUCACCACCAAGAACCAGCCAAGUCCAGCAAACCAGUGUGAUCAUUUUGUCCCCUUGCCUCACUUCACUUCAGACAUGUUCUUCUUCAUCCUCCUGCCCCCUAUUGUCCUGGAGUCAGCAUACAGUCUACAUGAUCGGGCGUUCUUUGACAAUCUGGGCACCGUUUUAGUCUUUGCCCUCAUAGGCACGUUAUUCAACAUUGCAACGAUUGGUCCCACCUUGUACGGGCUCAACUUAGCUGGUGCAAUGGGGUCCAUCAACUUCACGUUCACGGAGGGGCUGGUGUUCUCAUCCCUCAUCUCAGCAGUGGAUCCUGUAGCAGUGCUGGCCAUCUUUCAAGAACUGGGUGUCAACAAGGACCUAUAUUUCCUUGUGUUUGGGGAGUCGCUGCUCAAUGACGGCAUGACAGUGGUGGUCUACAACACUGUGACGUCCUUCAUGGCCAUGGAGGAGGUGACGGGUUGGCAGUAUGUGCUGGCGGUGGUGGCUUUUGGUGUGGUGGUGUUCGGGGGUCUCUUCAUCGGCGUCAUCUUUGGCUGCAUCACUGCCCUCGUCACCAAGUCCACCACCGAUGUGCGAGUGGUGGAGCCCCUUGCCCUCCUCGGCCUGUCCUACCUGAGCUACUUGACGGCCGAGCUAUUCCACUUCUCAGGUAUCAUCAGCCUCAUCGUGUGCGGCCUCAUCCAGGCUCACUAUGCCUUCCAGAACAUCUCACAGAAGUCAUACACCACAGUCAAAUACUUCACCAAGAUGGCCAGUGCCACCAGUGAGACAGUGAUCUUCAUGUUUCUGGGAAUGGUGCUGGUAAGUGACGACCACCUUUGGCACACCGGCUUUGUCCUGUGGUCUGUGUUCCUCUGCUUCCUCUUCAGAUUCAUUGGGGUGUUUUUCUUGACUGGUAUCAUGAACAACUACCGCAUCAAGAAGGUGGGGCUGGAGGAGCAGUUCAUUGCGGCCUAUGGGGGGCUGCGGGGGGCGGUGGCCUUCUCUCUUGUCAACAUGCUGGAUGAAUCUCUGCCACCGCGACGCAUCUUUGUCACCGCGACUCUGGCUGUCAUUCUGAGCACCAUAUUUAUCCAGGGCACCACCGUCAAGCCACUGGUGGGCCUCCUGCAGAUCCGUAAGCACAGUUCAGGGAAGAAGAAUCUAAGUGAGGAGAUUAACGACACGACAAUGGACCACAUCAUGGCCGGUGUGGAGGAGAUCCUGGGCCAGCACGGGGACUUCUACUUGAGGGAGCUGAUCAUCCACUACAACGACCGGUACCUGCGUAAGUGGUUCCUGCGCUCCACCUGUGAGUCUAAGCUGACCAGACUCUUUGAGAAGAUCGCUAUCUCGGAGCACUACGCCCACCUGUACGGCCCCGUGGCAAUGAUUGAGGAUCACGUGAAGCCUUUCUGCCCACCCAUCGCCUCGACCGUCACCCAGACCAUCUCCUACUCCACCUCACAAAAGGAGGAGGCCCUCACCCACCCUGAGUUCCCCACUGACAAGGACACGUAUGAGAAGGUGGAAGAUGUGAUAGCUGAGUCUCCUGAAGGGGUACAGAUGAGAAAGAAGUACUCCAUCAUCCCAAUACGGCAGAGCAGGGUGUCUGCGGAAGUGACCAGGACUCCCUCUACAGCACACCAGGACGCCAGCAUCCUCCGCAAGGCUUUCAGAAGCAACCCAUACAAUAAGCUGCAUUACAAGUACAAUCCCAACCUGGUGGGGGAGGAGGACCAGGAGCUUGAGGAACACCUGAACCGGCGUCACAUAAAUGCUCGUCGCUUCACCCACCUCGCCUCCUCCACCCGGCGCAGCUCGUCCAUCCGCCCCACACCUGCCUCGCGCCUUAGGACCACCUCGGAGGGUGGUGCCUUCCUGCCUGAUGGUGUGGCAGAACUGGUGGAGCGACACAACCUGCGGCGACAGUCCAUGAUGCACAUGCACUCCCAGGGGGCACGGCGGCCGCUCCACGGCUGCUUCUCCUCCCCAGAGCCCGGCAGCUGGUCCCCCGCAUCCCCCAGCAUCUUGCGCGCCCUGCAGGAGACCACCGAGCCAGAUCCCUCUUGCACCUCCCCCCCAAAGGACACGGCCAGCACACCACCCACGUCCCCCUCCAGUGCCGAUGACCGCCCCACCUCACCCUGGAAGUGGACUGAAGGGGCACCACGCUCCAAGGAAACAGAGGCAGGCCAGGGUGAGGAGGAGGUGCCCCUGGUGAAUGUGUCCAGGGCAGAGAAGGACAUUGCUCAAUCCAAGGACCCGCAGGAUAAGGAAGUGUAGCUGCACAAGAUAUAGGAAGAGGAGGUGCCCUUAGAGAGUGUGUCCAGGGCAGGGAGGGAUACCACCCACUCAGAGAACACAAAGGAUAGGCAAGUAGAGAUGCACAACACACAGAAACAGGAGACAAGAAAGGACAACACACACACACACACACACACAGCCCUGGAACAAACCCAAACCUACAUAGAGAAGUGUCUCGAAGCCUCCCUCUUGAAUUUGAGUCAUAGGCAGGAGGAGAUACAGCAGCAGGUAAAAAGUUCCAGAGUCUACCAGUAAACGGGUGUUGAGGUACUGAAGUGUAAGGCACUCUGAUGUCUGUCACUAAGUCCCAAGGUGCUGGAUUGCCCUCAAGUGUGUGUGGUGUGCAUGAGGCAAACGGGAAAGUUCCUAUGUAUGAUUAGAUGUAAUUCUUCCUGCACAUGUCAAGAUUUACCCGAGGAGCACCUGUCUAUAUCACCAGGUGUGUGUCGGGUGUGUCGCUGCCUCUGUGUACCAGAAGCUUGAGAUGUGAGACAAUUAAACCUGAUUCUCACUACAAUGCAAAACCUGUGUUGUUAGAUGCCCCAAUGCCUCACACCCUCCAUGUCCAAGAGAAGAAGUUUUGUGAGUUUCGAACCUUUCUUAUUUUACAUAUCAAGAAUUUACCUGCGAAAAGUCUACCCAUGUGUUAUUCAGUUCCCCAGGUGCCCCAACCUCAAGACCACAGGUGUGAGAAAAGAAUUAGACCUGAUUCCCUUUCAUGUGUCAGGAAUCACCAGUAAAAUGUGCACCUGUGUUUCUAGAUGGCCCAGGUACCUCACAGCAUCAAGACCACAGGUGAAGAAGCUUGACAUGUGAGAAGAUUAGACCAGAUUCCAGACAUGUCGACUCAAACAUUAUGCCAGCAGGACCUCCUAGCCUGACCAUGAAGUGUGAAGUGAGAUUAGCCGUAAUUCUAUAUGAUUCUCUCCCUCCACUGAAAGCUCUUAGCCACCAGGACCCUUAGCCUCAUCGUCUACACGUGAUACUCUCUCUCCACUUAUCAACUCCGAAGACCCUUUGCCAGCAGGACCUCUUAGCCUCAAUAACCCUGGAGCAGCAGUACAGGGCAGCACAGGGAACCUAGCCACCAGGAAGACACAAGACUCAGGGCCAUAUAUACUGCAGGGGUGAAAGUUUAUCCAUAAGCAGUUACACAAUAAGAUAAGAAUUUUACCUCUGUACAUACAAAACGAAGCACAAGGUCUUGUCUCGGCCUCCCUGGUUUUAUAAGGGAUGCCCGACUGUGUAUAGAUAGAUGGAUGUGUGCACUGUGAUUUGUAUUUGCUGGAGUGAUACCAAAGACUUGCUAAGCUGAAGAGAUGUACAGGAGUGACCCAGAAACUUUUGUGUUGUAGCCUUGUUGAUGACUUGUUAAGCUUAAGAAUUGUAUAUAAUGAUACUUUUUCUUUUUUUUUCUUUAGUGUUGAUAAGACUGCAAAGAGGUAAUGUGGAGAUUAUCAAGGCAAGGGAAUGAAAAAGGUGAUAAAUUUAGAUGCUGUAUCCAACAAUGAACAAAAAA